AUGGGCGAAAGGCUGCUGGGCCCAGCGUCUGGGUCCCCGAGGAGCGCGCGGGUCGCGUUCCAGGCCAUGGGCGACAAGUAUGCCGCUCUGCGACGGGCCCGGCUGCAUCUGGACUUCAUCCACGCCAACUCCACCACUCACAGUUUCCUUUUUGGAGCACUAGCUGAAUUGCUGGACAAUGCAAGAGAUGCAGGGGCUGCAAGACUUGAUGUGUUUUCAGUGGAUAAUGAAGAAUUGCAGGGUGGAUUCAUGUUGUGCUUCCUGGAUGAUGGAUGUGGUAUGAGCCCUGAGGAAGCUUCAGAUGUCAUUUACUUUGGAACAUCCAAGAAACAGUUACCAACUUUGAAGUUUAUUGGGCAACAUGGCAAUGGUCUUAAAAGUGGAUCCAUGAGGAUUGGAAAAGACUUUAUUCUUUUCACAAAGAAGGAAGAAACGAUGACCUGUGUGUUUUUUUCUCAGACAUUUUGUGAAAGAGAAGGUCUAAGUGAGGUUGUGGUUCCACUACCUUCAUGGUUAACAAGAACCAGAGAAUCUGUCACAGAUGAUCCUCAGAAAUUCUCAACGGAAUUGUCUAUAAUUUAUAAGUAUUCUCCGUUUAAAACUGAAGCUGAAUUGAUGCAGCAGUUUGAUGUGAUCUAUGGGAAAUGUGGUACUUUGCUGGUUAUUUAUAACUUGAAGCUUCUGCUCAAUGGAGAACCUGAGUUGGAUGUUAAAACUGACAAGGAAGAUAUACUGAUGGCUGGAGCUCUUGAGGAUUUUCCAGAGAGAUGGUCAUUCAGAGCCUAUACAUCUAUUCUGUAUUUUGACCCUCGGAUGAGAAUAUUCAUUCAGGCCCAAAGAGUUAAAACAAAAUACCUAUGUUAUUGCCUCUACAGACCCAGAAAGUAUCUGUAUGUCACAUCUUUUAAAGGGGCAUUUAAAAAUGAAGUUAAACAAGCAGAAGAAGCAGUAAAGAUAGCUAAACUCAUAUUGAAAGAAGCACAAAUCAAAGGAAAACACUCUGACAGAACUUCUUUGUCUUUUCCUGCCAAGGAUGUAUUACAGAAAGCUUCGGAAGAUGUAAAAGCAAAGCAGAAGAUUCUUCAAGAGAAACGGAGAGAAUUUAAAAAAGCAAGGACACUCACCCUGUUCUUUGGUGUGAACGUAGAAAACCGAAGCCAAGCUGGGAUGUUCAUUUACAGUAAUAACCGCUUGAUCAAAAUGCAUGAGAAAGUGGGCCCACAGUUGAAACUGAAGUCCUUACUUGGUGCAGGUGUGGUUGGAAUUGUUGAUAUACCCUUGGAGAUCAUGGAACCAUCCCAUAAUAAGCAGGAAUUUCUCAAUGUCCAAGAGUAUAAACAUCUUCUAAAAGUUAUGGGACGAUACUUGGUCAAGUACUGUAAGGACACUGGAAUCAGUAAUAGAAAUCUAACAUUGUUUUGGAAUGAACUUGGAUACCUGAAUAAUAAGGACAUGGAGAAAUCUUCAGAUUCUAUUCAAUAUCAAAGAAGACAGGCCAUGGCCAUCCCAUUCAUUAUUCAGUGUGAUCUUUGCCUUAAAUGGAGAGUCUUGCCUCCCUCUACUAAUUAUCAGGAAAAAGAAAAUUUUGACUUCUGGAUUUGUGCUAAUAACGCUAACCUCUUGGAAUACAGUUGUCAUCAGACACAACGACUACCUUCCAUCCCCCUGGGCACUACAAGAACAGUAUCACGAUCAAAAAAUGAGAAAGACAAGCAACUUCAGAAGUCAGUCCAGACAUAUCAAAAUCGACGGGCAGAACCUCAUCAACAGCCUCAGUUUAUGCCAACAAGUAGGAUCACUGAGUUCACUACCACCUGCCAAAUUUCAGCACCUAAGGGAAAUACGAAAAUUCAGAGAAUCAGGCCUUCUGGUGAUGACUUGAAGCAUGAGUCUCUUUCAUCCUUUGAGCUUUCGGUCAACCAUAGAGGCCAGAAAAGUAACACAGGAGAGGCCGAUUCCGAUGUAGAGUAUGUUUCAGAGACUAAAAUUACGAAGGAGCCUAUGCAGAAGAAAGUGAAACCUCAACAGUGGAGACAUCCAGCCGCCCUGCUGGAAAAUGUCAAACUAGCUGAGAGGUCCCAGGCCUCUUCCUGGGAAAUGAAGAGGAAGCAGAGACAAAACCCUGUGCAGGAAUGUGAGGCUCUGAUUGAAACUGAAACCAGCAACAGCAACUUGGAUAUAAUCCAGGUUUUAGAUAAAAGUGACACUGAUGUUUCACUGCAACAAGAAGAAAUGGAAGUUUCUCUUAUGGAAAAAGAAAAACAGGAGCUGUGCAGUGAUACUCCAGAAAUAAAGAGAAACCCUUCAUCACCUGACUGGGAAAGGUGAGUUAUGCCAGUGGAAGAUUUAAAUUCAAGUUCUGGAUACAAAGCCGGAGUGUCUGAGAGGGGUGGUUGUAAAGUUGCUUCUUCACUGACAACAUCUUCUCAAAGCACAUCUGUCAAGGAAACAGUAAGAAAACUGACAUCUAAUUUAAGGGAGAUUCUUCUGUAUUUUUUCCCUGAGUAUUGUCUACCAUCAGAACCUGGCCACAUAUCUCUGGAGGAACUUACAGCAAGUUUGGAGCUGGAGCAAUGCCCAGAGCAGACAAACAAAAAGCUGAAAAUGUGUUUCAACCAGAUCCAUAAUGUUUACAUGGUCCAAUAUGAUAAAAAACUAAAGGAAACCAUGCAAUCCAUUAUCUGUGAUGCAAACAGAAGAAGAGUGGUUAAUGAAGUAUCCCUGGGACAAUGUGAAAAAAAAAGAAAAAUCACUGAAGACAAACUGAAUAAUCUUCGUGUGAAACUGACGGUAUUAUUGCAGAAACUUCAGCUGGGUGGUCCAGCAGGAGACCUGGAGCAAACUGACAGUUAUUUAGAAGCUCUGCUUAAAGAAGAUAAUCUCCUUUUUCAGAAGACUUUUAAAUAA